AUGGUUGACAAAGUAAUAACAACAAUGGGAAAUGAUCAAGACGAUUGGGAAGUUGCUGUUGAUACUGGAGAAUUUGAUAAACGUCUUGAACAACUAGAAAAAGAUCGAGCCGCAACGCAAGAAUCAAUCUUAUCUUCUACGACAUCUACAACUGAUGAUAGUGAUAAUCGAAAUUUUUCGAAUACAAAUUUAAUAAAAACAAAUAAACCAAUUCGAAUACUUAAACGACCUACCAGUCAAUCUCAAUUACCUGUUAUUAAUAAUGAGAUUCCUAAUUCUAAUACAAUCUUAGCUACAAAUAAUAAUAAUAAUAAUAAUUCGUCUUUUUCGAAUAAUAUUUCUUCAUCUACUACAGUACCUGUUAUAUCAAUCAUUCCACGAAAUCAAACAAAUGAUGUAAUCAAUUCUUCACAAUCAACAAAAUCUGCUAUUAAAACUUAUGAACAACGUGAACUUGAAUAUAGAUUAGCGAGACUAAGGAUUAUGGGUGAAGAAGAAAGUUCCAUUAAAGAUAAUGAUGAUGCUGAUAAUCUCACAAAUGAAUCAAAUAAAAGUACUAGUUCUUCUCAAUCUUCAACUCAAAAUAAUUCAAUAUCAAACAAUUCUAAUGUUGCAAAUUUAUGCACUCUAAACAACAGUGAAACAAUUGAUUUUAUUCCAAAUAUAAAUAGUACAGAAUCUUGUUCUCAACAACAACAACAACAACAAUAUCACGGUGCUCAAUCAACGUCAUAUCCUCAAAUGCCACUAUCAUCAUCAAUACAUUAUCCACCUACUACAAUUUAUAUGCCACCAUCAUCGAAUACGAUGUAUCAUUAUCAACAACAAACUUGGUAUGGAACUCAGCAAUAUGGUCAACAGCAAUAA